AAUUUUUGAUAUAAAUUAAUUUUAAAUUAUUAUUUUGAUUUGAAUAUGUAUAUCAAGUAACAUAAACUCAUUACUCUUUAUUAUAAUGUAAUGGACUUCCAAUUUUUAUAAUAUCAUAAGCCCAUUUUUUUUAUUUUUAACUUACUGUUAUCCAUGUUUCCAAACAACACUAUUUUUUUAACUGUUAUUUAUGUUGCCAAACAAAAAUUUAAAAUACUUCUACCAGACAUGUACCAUCAUCGUAGCUAUUUUAAGAUUUUAUCAAAUUUUCACAAUUAUUUGAUCUAAAUUCAUUAAAACAACAUUUAAUAACCUCUAAAUAUUUUAAUAAGUAUUCUAUUUUCUAAGAAACGCAAUAUGUAACACUAAUUUGUAUAUACAGUAAUAAUUAACAGAAAAAUUAACAAAAUAACACCCAAUAAUAUAACUUCUGAAUAAAUAGAAAAUAUUUAUAAAAGUACUAUAUAUAAGAAUAUUAUUAAAAUAUUGGUUUUCAUGUUUCAUUAAAAAUAAAUUCAAAGAAUAAGAAAGUAACUGAAGAGAAAGCUUAUUUUUUUUCCAUUCAUACAUAAUCAAAAAAGAAAAUAAUUAUAAUGAAUUAAUAUAACUAAAAGUAAAUAAGAAAUUCUUAUUCUAUCUAAUCAAACUGUUACUAAAAUUAGUAACACGGUUUUAAACUCCAAACUCUAAUGAUAACCCUUAAAACUCUAAUAUUUCAAUAUUAUAAUUUGAAAUCUUAAAAUUAAACUUAAUUUUUUUAAUAUUAAACUAUAAAUUUCCUAAACACAAAUCUUUAAUCAAACUCUAUAUCCUAAAUCCUUACUUCAAACAUAAACCAUUCAAUACUCUGAAUAUAAACUUCAAAUUUAAAUUAUUAAAAUUUAACUAUAAAUCUUAAAUCUAGUCUUCAAAUCAAUUAUUUUCCAAUUUUGAUCCAAAAUACUAAACUUUAAUCCUAAACCGCAUAUUACAACGUCCAAACCUUAAAUCACAAAACUAAACUUUACUCUUAAUCAUAAUUUAUAUAGAAACCAUAAAAUCUAAAUUUAAAACUUUUCAACUUUUGAAUCAAACAUACAAAUUUAUAAACGAAUUCUACAUCAAAUUUCUGUGUAAGCUACUAAUAAUAACUAAUAUUAGACUAAUUAACAAAUAGUAAAGUAAGCAUUUGACAAAAAAAAAGCUUUUUGGCAAAAAGAAAACAAAAUAAUAAAGCUUUUUCUCAUUGGUUGACUUUAAUGGUACGCGGAUCACAUGGAGAGUCUUUCAAAGUUGCGUGGAUCAGAUUCAAGUUCUUCCAGCGAGAUUAUCCACACCACGGAUUCAAUGAAGUGCAACUGCUGAGCACUUUCUUCAGAGGUAUCCUCUUGAGGUAUCAGAUGGCUCUUGAUAUAUCUAGUGAGGGAAACUUCAACACCAGGAAUCCGGUGGAAACUAUGAAACUGAUAGAAAAUCUAGCAAACAGCAGCAGCACCAAGAACAGUGACUUUGAAAUGAAGAAGUCUGUUGCAUCCCUAGGGAUGGGGCAGAUGGACGAAGUUAGAGCAAAGUUAGAUGUAGUUCAUGAGCUUCUUAGGAAGCAGGUCUGCUCAGCUGAAGAAGAAGAGGCUGUAGACAUUGAAGAAGAAGAAGAUGUGAACUACAUUGGAGGUACUGGAUUUCAGAGGUCUGAAAACCAGGGUGGAAACUAAAACUUCUAUGGCAAUGGUCAGAGGAGUAACCAUAGUUCACAAUUUCAGAAACCUUUCAGCAACAACAGCUGAGGCUAUGGAAACUCAUACUACCAGAAUCCACCACCACAGACUCAGGAAAGCAAGAUUGAAGCAAUGCUUGACAGAGUUUUGGAAGGACAACAACAACUCACUGUGGAUAUCAAUGGGAAGAUAGAUUCCGCCUACAACAGUCUGAACACAAGAAUCGAGACCUUAGGGACUCAAGUGAGGAAGCUUGAAAUGCAAGUGACUCAGACUAGAAACACUGUAAAGAGGCAAGAAGCCUUGGCUAGAGAGGCAGGAGCUGAGAAAGCAAAACACCACGUGAACGCCAUCGUAGAUGAUGAUUUCUUGCAAGUGGUGAAGCAUGAGAAGCUUGGAGAAGGAGACUUCAAAGUUGAAAGCUCCAUGUGUUUCGGCGGAUCUCAAUGGUGUCGACCAAUGUCAAUGGAUGCACAUCGAUUGACAGACCAUGACGAAGAUCGAUCGAUAGAAUACUCUAAAAAUCGAUCAACGUCAUCUGCUGAAUCAACUGCGGAGUGUAGUGCAGUUUGAAUGAUGACUCAUGAAGAAUUCGCAGAAAAACAUCCUCACCCACCCUCCCCUUUCUACGUCAAAAUCGAUCGACCGCAUGAGCCAGCCAUCGAUCGACAAAGAGAGACCGAUAUCGAUCGACUCCCCUCACCUCCCAUUGAUCGACGGGCACCUCUCAUAUACCGAGUGCGAUUACCAUCUAUUGAUAGUAACCGAAUCAAUGCACUAAGACCACCACCACCUAAACCUUUAGCAAACCCACCAGAACCUACAACCAACCCUUCAGACACUACACCAGAGUCUAUGCAAGUUAAUGAAGAAACUGAAGGAAGAAGGUUAAGGAAAAGGAAGGAGAAGAUUCCUAAGAACCUUAAGAGGGAAGCUAAUGAGAAGGAGAUGGAUGGUUUCACUAAGAGAUUCCACAGAACCCCAGUGGAGAAACCUUUUGAUGACGUUUAUUACACACACCGGUUGUGGAUGAUCUUCAGGGAGACUAAGGAAACUGAGGACAUUAGGAGAAUGCUUCAUCAUAUCAGGGAAAGGAUGAAACUAAGGAUCACAUUGAAGAAGAAGUGUGAUCCUGGGAAGUUUGCAAUACCAUGUGUGGUGAAGGGUAUUGAAUUUCCCCAUGCACUUUGUGACACAGGAGCAUCAGUCAGCAUACUACCUAAGAUUAUGGCAGAACAGCUGGGUCUGAAAAUAGAGCCUUCAUCAGAAUCUUUCACCUUCGUGGACCUUUCAAAAAGAAGCUCAAGAGGCAUCAUAAGAGACCUUGAGGUGCAGAUUGGUAAUGCCCUUGUCCCAGUAGAUUUUCAUGUCAUAGACAUCAAGCUUAACUAGAACUCUUCACUUCUGCUUGGAAGAGAGAUUUGUGAUUGGAACUCCAUUGAUUCAUCUAUUCUAUUAUAUGCAGUUUUUAUAUAUAUUUUGUGUUAUGAAUUGCUUAGCUAUGUCUAAGUAGUUUACUUGUUAGAUUCAGGGUUCAAAUAGGUUAGAGGGAUUAGCCCCAACUAUAGAUUGCAGCGUUCCGGGAAGGCUUCGUCGAGACAGAUCGUUACCAAGGGCUCGCAAGUUGGCUCGCGUUUUUCGUCUAGUGCUGCGAUGCUGCGAGAUUGCUAGAAAAGUUCCGCUGAAUCCUGGCCUCGCAUAUCUUUGCUGGAGGUCUUUUUCUCCACUUUUCUAGGAGUGAUCUCGAGGACCGGUCUCUUUCGUUUUAGUUCUGCGGCGAAACAAACCUGUGAAACUCUCGGAUUUCCCCAUAUUACCUCGACUCCGUUAGGGGUCGGGAACUUGAGGCAAAGAUGGUAUGUUGAUGGGAUUGCGCGCAUGGCGUUCAGCCAUGGCGUUCCCAUGAUAACGUUGUAAGAUGCGGGACGGUCAACGACUAGAAACUCUGUGACGUUCGUCACGGUUCCGGCUUU